AUGGUAGAGGCAGGGAAGCCUAAUUUGGCUGAUUAUUUCCCUUUGCUUAAGAAGAUUGGCCCAAAAGGUGUACGGCACCGGAUGACUGUUCAUUUCGACAAGUUGCUUAGCCUUUUCAGCAAUGUGUUCGAUGAAAGGCGGCAAUCAAGACAAUCCCAAGAUUAUACUGCAUCAAAUGAUGUUUUGGAUACUCUUCUCGACAUUAUUGAAGGCUUUACUCCCUUGCCAGCAGGCUCUAAUGCUAACCUUUGCGGUUUCAAAGUUCUUGAGGUUCACAAGUGUUGGUUAACGUAUGGGCCAUUGGAAAAGAUCGAAGCAUUUGGAAUAACCCAAACAGUUUCAUGCCGGAGAGAUCCUUGGGGUGGAAUCCCACCAAAUGAGAUGAAUAUGAAAGAGAAGUAUGGGAUUGCGGUUCAAAUGGUGGAACCUUUGCCGGCAGUCCUUACUCUUGUGUGA